UGGUAAAAUGAAUCAUUGCAGAGAGGUCUGAUGGCUCUUGCUGAUGUAGAGGGAGCACGAAUUCAUCUCAAGGAGUUGUCAAUCAUGCAUCAAAUGGCGAGUUGGGAAUCUAUUCAGGAGAUCCUGAUUAGGCACUACACUCGGCAAUUCCUCCAUGAGAUGUACAAGGUGUUUGGCUCUGCUGGUGUUAUCGGUAAUCCCAUGGGAUUUGCCAGGAGUCUAGGUGUAGGAAUUAGAGAUUUCUUAGCAGUUCCCGCAAAGAGUUUUCUUAAGAGUCCCACUGGACUUAUCACAGGCAUGGCUCAAGGUACUGCUAGUCUUCUGAGCAAUACGGUCUACGCACUAAGUGACGCUGCUACUCAAUUCAGUAAAGCUGCACACAAGGGUAUUGUUGCAUUUACAUUUGAUGAUCAGGCUGUUGCAAGAAUGAAAAAGCAAUUGAAGGGGGAAGCUUCACAAAGUAAAGGCAUAAUAAAUGAAGUCUUUGAGGGACUUACUGGCCUCCUCCAAUCACCUAUUAAAGAAGCAGAAAAGCACGGCCUACCUGGCAUCUUCUCAGGUACACCACUGGCAGUGAGUUGACUGCAUCUCUUUUCAAACCAUAGUACUUCCAUUAUCAGCAAGACAUGCAUGGGAGUAACAGGACUAGUGGGAAGACCGGCUGCUAGUAUACUUGAGGUUACUGGAAAAACUGCACAGAGUAUUAGAAACAGAAGCAGAUUAUACCAUAUGGGUUCACAACGUUGUAGAGUUCGUUUGCCAAGGCCUCUAAGCAGGGAACUUCCUUUGAGGUCUUACUCUUGGGAAGAAGCUGUUGGAAUUUUGGUGCUUAAGGAAGCUGAUGAUGGCAAGCUCAAGGACGAGAUCUAUGUUGCUUCCAAAGCACUCAAAAAACCUGGUAAAUAUGUCAUCAUGACAGAGAGACUUGUGUUGGUUGUUAAUUGCCCUAAUCUGGUGGACUUGGGGAAACCUGAAUUCCGAGGGGUUGCAGUAAAUCAAGAGUGGGUGAUAGAAACAGAAAUUAGCCUGCAUAGUGUAAUCCACGCUGAUGCUGAUGAUGGCGUGGUACAUAUUGUUGGAAGCAGUUCAGAUGCCUUGUUGAGACAAAAUCAGCAGAUGUCAAGGAAGGGUGGUGGCGGCGGGACGAGGAUGCGGUGGAAUAAUCCAUCAACUCCCCUUCCACUCUUUCAGACAAACUUGGAACUAGCAUCAGAAGACGACACAAAACAUUUUUUACGGAUUUUGCUUUCCACAAUUGAACAGGGGAGAGAGCAAGGGGGAAGUGAAUAUCUAUUGCAGAGAAGUAAUAUCAGGUAGAUUUCCAUUAUGUUAUCCUCUUCUAUGGCCUUUUUCAUCCCAGCAAGAAAACAGAAAAAUAUAAAGGAAAGCGAAAUCCCUAACAUAGUUUAGAAAAAGAGAGUAAAUAGCUAGAAAUAAUUUGUUUUUGGCUUCCUGUAUAGUUUGUACAAAAUUAUUCGAUAUACAUGUAUACAUUUUGAGUGCA